GGGAGAAGACGAGGAUCCUAAGCCCAAACCCAAAAAUGCCCUUGAUCUUCUUCCUCCAAGCAAGAUGAUAUUGGAUGAGUGGAAAAGACUCUACUCAAACACCAAGACCAACUUCCGCGAGGUUGCAAUCAAAGGAUUUUGGGACAUGUAUGAUCUAGAGGGUUAUUCUCUCUGGUUCUGUGAUUACAAAUACUACGACGAAAACAUUGUUUCCUGUGCAUUAAACACGGUUGGUGGUUUUCUUCAGCAGAUGGAUCUGGCUCGCAAGUAUGCUUUUGGAAACAUGCUUGUAAUUGGAUCACAAACACCAUUUAAGGUGAAGGGGUUGUGGCUUUUGCGUAGGCAAGAGAUUCCACAAUUUGUGAUUGACGAGUGUUAUGAUAUGGAGCUAUACGAGUGGACCAAGGUUGACAUCUAUGACGAUCGGAUGAUUGAGGAUUAUGAACCAUUUGAGGGAGAGCCUCUUCUGGAUGCUACGUGCUUCAACUGAAAAUUAUUCCAUAGUCUUUAAGAGCUUAUGAUUUUGUUGCGUCUUUUGGUAAGAGUUGGCUUCUAUCUUAUUUCUGUUAUAGUGAGUUCUUAGCUAUUUUGGUGAUUUUGCGAGCGUUGAAACUUAUACAAGGAUGAUUUUGGUAUACAUUCAUUUUGUUUACUA